UGAUCGACCGAUGAUGGUUUCGUUAUCACCCACGUCAUAUAACAAACUAAAAAACGCACAGCUGAACCCUUUACGCGCCAACGUUGAGCGACGAAGAAGAGACUCAAGAGAGAGAAACACUGAGAAUGAAUGAUUAACAGCCAUAAUGUCUCCUACAAAUGGGGAGUGAUGUCAAGUGUUUGAGUGAAGAUAAACGCGAAGUUACAGGGAUGAUUGCAGAAUGUCACUCCCACAAACCACUCCGUUUGCUUUGCGAGAAGAGAGAAAAUCUUUCUUUCCAAUUCCACAACCAUCCAGGAGGAGGAAGAAGAAGAAAAAUGUCCGAUUUUUCUCUGAUUUUGGAAAUUUCUAACCUAAUUGGAGAAAUUCGCACAAGAAUUUUGAACGACGAACACUCAAUUGCUGAUUAUGAAUUCGAAAUUUAGCGAGUUUUGAUUUCUAUUUUCGGCCGUAUUUUUUAUUCUUUGAAAUGGGAACUCCAAUUAACAUAAUAGCAGGCUCUACUAUUUGGGUUGAAGACCCAAAGUUAGCUUGGAUUGAUGGGCAAGUUAUAAAAAUAAAGGGACACGAAGCUGAAAUUGAGACUUCAGAUGGAAAAAAGGUUGUUGCAAAAUUAUCUAACUUACAUCCCAAAGAUAUGGAAGCUCCUCCAGCUGGGGUUGAUGACAUGACCAAGCUAUCAUAUUUGCACGAGCCAGGUGUUUUACGGAACCUGCGCACUAGAUAUGAGUUCAAUGAAAUCUACACUUACACCGGAAAUAUACUCAUCGCCAUAAAUCCAUUUCAAAGACUGCCUCAUCUAUAUGAUUCUCACAUGAUGCAACAAUACAAAGGGGCACCGUUGGGAGAGCUAAGUCCUCACGUUUUUGCAGUUGCUGAUGUUGCUUACAGAGCAAUGAUUAACGAGGGGAAAAGCAACUCAAUUCUUGUAAGUGGUGAAAGUGGAGCUGGUAAAACAGAGACGACAAAGAUGCUGAUGCAAUACCUUGCUUAUUUGGGGGGCCGUUCAUCAACUGAGGGGCGCACAGUCGAGCAACAAGUUCUUGAAUCAAAUCCAGUUCUUGAAGCAUUUGGAAAUGCAAAAACAGUACGGAAUAAUAAUUCCAGUCGCUUUGGCAAAUUUGUGGAGAUCCAAUUCGACAAGCGUGGAAGAAUAUCAGGGGCAGCUAUCAGAACAUACCUUUUAGAAAGAUCUCGUGUUUGCCAAGUCAAUGAUCCUGAACGUAACUACCAUUGUUUUUACAUGCUUUGUGCAGCACCUCAAGAGGAGAUUGAGAAAUAUAAACUAGGAAGCCCAAAAUUAUUCCAUUAUCUUAAUCAGUCGAAGUGCUUUGAUUUGGUUGGUGUGAGUGACGCACAAGACUACCUUGCCACUCGGAGAGCUAUGGAUAUUGUUGGAAUCACUGAAAAGGAGCAGGAAGCAAUUUUUAGGGUAGUUGCCGCAAUUCUUCAUCUUGGCAAUAUCGAUUUUGCUAAAGGGAAAGAGAUAGAUUCAUCUGUUAUAAAAGAUGAUAAGUCAAGAUUCCAUCUCAAUAUUGUCUCGGGACUUCUCAUGUGUGAUGCUCACGCACUGGAAGAUGCGUUACUGAAACGUGUCAUGAUUACCCCUGAAGAAGUCAUAAAGAGAAGUCUUGAUCCUCUUAAUGCCACAGUUAGUAGGGAUGGAUUAGCUAAGACGAUAUACUCACGACUCUUUGACUGGUUGGUUGAUAAAAUAAAUGUAUCAAUUGGACAGGAUCCAAAUUCAAAGUCUUUGAUCGGUGUCCUUGAUAUCUAUGGUUUUGAAAGUUUUAAGCAUAACAGCUUUGAGCAGUUUUGCAUUAAUUUCACAAAUGAAAAGCUUCAGCAACAUUUCAACCAGCAUGUCUUCAAGAUGGAGCAAGAGGAGUACACAAAAGAGAAGAUUGAUUGGAGCUACAUUCAGUUUGUCGACAAUCAAGAUGUUCUUGAUCUCAUAGAAAAGAAACCGGGUGGAAUAAUUGCUCUUCUGGAUGAGGCUUGUAUGUUUCCCAAGUCAACUCAUGAGACAUUUGCAUCAAAGCUUUAUCAGACCUACAAAAAUCACAAGCGCCUUCUCAAGCCAAAGCUUUCACGAACAGAUUUCAUUAUUUCUCAUUAUGCUGGCGAGGUCCUAUAUCAGUCGGAUCAAUUUUUGGAUAAAAAUAAGGACUAUAUGGUUCCAGAACAUCAAGACUUGGUAACUUCUUCCAAAUGCCCAUUUGUAGCAGGCCUUUUCCCUCCAGUGGAUGAGGAGACACCAAAAUCCUCUAACAAGUCUUCUAAGUUUUCCUCAAUAGCCUCUCGUUUUAAGUCACAACUGCAACAGCUGAUGGAGAUACUAAGCUCAACAGAACCUCAUUACAUUAGAUGUAUAAAGCCAAAUAAUCAUCUAAAGCCUGCUAUUUUUGAGAAUGUGAACAUCUUACAACAAUUGCGUUGUGGUGGGGUCCUAGAAGCAAUCAGAAUCAGCUGUGCAGGCUUCCCUACUCGUCGUCCUUUCUUUGAGUUCAUAAAUAGAUUUGGACUCCUUGCUCCAGAGGCCUUACAAGGGAAUUAUGACGACAAAGUUGCAUGUAAAAAGAUAUUGGAAAAGAAAGGGCUAAAAGGGUACCAGAUAGGCAAGACUAAAGUUUUCCUGAGAGCUGGUCAGAUGGCUGAAUUGGAUGCCAGAAGAGCUGAGGUACUCAGCAGAGCAGCAAAGAUUGUACAGAGACGGGUGCGAACUCAUUGUGCUCGUAAACAGUUUAUUGCAUUACGUGAGGCAGCAGAGUGCAUACAGGCAUCUCUGAGAGGAAACCUGGCUUGCAAACUGUUGGACAAAAUGAGAAGGGAGGCAGCUUCUAUUAAAAUUCAAAAGAAUACACGUAAAUAUCAAGCAAGGAAUAAGUAUAACAAACUUCGUGUCUCAAUUCUAGCCUUGCAAAUGACUUUACGGACAAUGGCUGCUCGUAAAGAAUGCCUUAUUAGAAGGCAAAAUAAAGUGGCAACUCUUAUUCAGAGCCAAUGGCGUUGCCAUAGAGCUUCAUCAUACUACAAAAAUCUUAGAAAAGCAUCUGUAGUUACGCAGUGCAGAUGGAGGGGAAGACUUGCAAAACAAGAAUUAAGAAAGCUAAAGAUGGUCAGUUCUGCUUGCAUGAUGCUUCAAGAGAAACAGGGGCCCUUAAGGAAGCAAAGGACAAACUUCAGAAGCAAGUUGAGGACCUCUCAUUGCGUUUACAGCUGGAAAAACGGUUGCGGGUAUUUUCAUAUAUGCUUAUCUGCAAGUUAUGAAACUGAUAUAGAGGAAGCAAAAGCCCAGGAAAUUGCAAAAUUACAAACUUCUGUGCAAGCUAUGGGGAAUAAAAUAGAUGAAACAAAUUCUCUGCUUGCAAAGGAACGAAAAGCUCUGAGGCAGGCUCUUGAAGAAGCACCUCCUGUUGUUAAAGAGACCCAAGUAUUGGUUGAAGACACGGAAAAAAUCAAUUCUCUAAAAGUAGAAGUCGAGAAUUUUAAGGCCUUAUUCGAAGCAGAGAAACAAAGAGCUGAUGAAUCCGAUGGGAAACUUGUUGAAGCACAUGAAUUGAAUGAAGAGAGGCGCAAAAAGUUGGAUGACUCAGAUAAAAAGAUUCUACUGUUCCAAGAAUCUCUCAAUAGGCUAGAGGAGAAGAUUGCCAAUUUGGAAUCAGAGAAUCAAGUUCUUCGCCAGCAAGCUGUCUCCAUUGCAUCCAAUAAGUUUGCUUCAGGUCGCCAAAGAUCGAUUCUUCAGAGGGGGUCUGAGAGUGGUCAUUUUGUAGACACGCAUUAUCGGGAUUUGCAUAGCCCUUCCAUGAAUCAUAGAGAAGCUGAAGUAGAAGAGAAACCACAAAAAUCUCUUAAUGAGAAACAACAGGAAAAUCAGGAACUGCUUAUUCAGUGUAUAAUGCAGCCUCUGGGUUUUACAGGAAACAGACCUAUUGCUGCCUGCAUAAUAUACAAAUGCCUUCUUCAUUGGAGAUCAUUUGAAGUGGAGAGAACUAGUAUAUUUGACCGAAUUAUACAGACAAUUGGUCAUGCUAUUGAGGCCCAGGAUAACAAUGACAUAUUGGCUUAUUGGUUGUCAAAUGCGUCAACUCUUCUUCUGCUGCUGCAACACACACUGAAAGCAACUAGCGCAGCUGGAAUGGCACCACAGCGCCGCAGAACUUCGUCAGCCACUCUUUUUGGGAGGAUGAGCCAGAGUUUCCGAGGAAUUCCGCAUGGAGUUAGCCUUGCCUUUGCCAAUAAUGGCAUGACUGGUGAUAUAGAUUCUCUACGCCAAGUUGAAGCCAAGUAUCCAGCUUUGCUGUUCAAACAGCAACUUACAGCAUAUGUUGAAAAGAUUUAUGGAAUGAUUCGAGACAAUCUUAAGAAAGAAAUUUCGCCAGUGCUUGGAUUGUGCAUCCAGGCUCCACGAACAUCAAGAGCAAGUUUAGUCAAGGGUUCAUCACGUUCAGUUGCAAACACUGCAGCCCAGCAAGAGCUGAUUGCUCACUGGCAAGCAAUCGUUAAAAGUCUCGGGACUUUUUUGAACACAUUGAAAGGAAAUCAUGUACCUCCGUUUUUGGUACGGAAGGUAUUCACACAAAUAUUGUCAUUCAUUAAUGUUCAAUUAUUCAACAGCCUUUUAUUAAGGCGCGAAUGCUGUUCAUUUAGUAAUGGUGAAUAUGUUAAGGCAGGUCUGGCUGAGCUUGAACAUUGGUGUUACCUUGCAACUGAAGAGUAUGCAGGUUCAGCAUGGGAUGAACUGAAGCAUAUUAGACAGGCUAUCGGUUUUCUGAUUAUACAUCAGAAGCCAAAGAAAUCCUUAGAUGAAAUAAGCCAUUACCUUUGCCCUGUUCUCAGUAUUCAACAGCUGUACCGGAUUGGCACAAUGUACUGGGAUGACAGGUAUGGCACCCAUAGCGUGAGUUCAGAGGUUAUAUCUAGUUUAAGGGUGCUGAUGAUGGAAGAAGCAAAUGGUGCAGUUAGCACUUCUUUCCUGUUGGAUGAUGAUUCAAGCAUUCCAUUUUCUGUUGAUGACAUAUCAAAGUCAAUGGAAAAAACAGAUGUCUCAGACAUUGAACCUCCUCCUCUUAUCCGCGAGAACUCAGGCUUCAGCUUCUUGUUGGCUCGUGCUGACUAAUUACUUUCAACUGGUAGAAUUGGUCUGUGGGUUUUUCUAAUCAUGUGGCUCAAACUUGCAAGUUAUUUUCUUUCAAUGUCAGUUGGGCAGAAGAAGAUUUUGAAGCUUCAAACCUAGGUUUUGUGCAGCAAGUCGGGGAGGAAGUUACUCGAGCUGCUCUUACCAACAAUGUGGCUACUACUCCUUCAGCUUCUCAGAUCGUUUUUUAAUUGAUUGUCACUUCAAUUAAAGAAGCUAUUCAGGUGACUAAAGGUUGGAUAAUAAAGAUGCUUCUUCUUCAAAGGCUAAGGACUUCGUCCACCAGUAGGUCCAAACUCCAAAGGUUAUUGUUCAAGUGGAGAAUGGUGAAAUUACCAAAAACUGAAUGUUAAAUGUCGGAGGAGCUCUAGUGUAUACAAGUAUGGAACCAUUUUGCUAGUUUUGGGAAGGGUAGGUACAAUCUUAAAUCCCAUUUUGCUUCCUUUUUUAGCAAGUUGCUUUGUACCGAACAAUUGGUUUAAGCCUAAAUAAUAUUUCUUCGUCUUUGCGUUAAAAAAAAAAGGGUUCCCCACUUAGAUCCAUUAGGUUUUCAUACAAACUUAGUUGUUCCAGACUUCAAUUGUUUUUUUAUUGUACUAGCAGUAUGAGAUUGAAAAGGGUGGAUUUUCCCCUAGACUUUGUGUAAAUAGAAUUUUAAUUAUAUAAUCCGUCACGAGGUUAUCAA